CUAUACGCCUUUAACCACCUUUCGGUGAAAACUGUACUGGUCAUCAUGCCCAACGCUCGCGUACUCCGAGAUAUCAAGGCCCGUAACAUCGUAAAGGCUAAUGAAAUCCUCCGCAGGGCCUACCUGUAUGUCGCGCGGAAUGAGACCUUGUCCCCGCAAGUGCGACACCAAGCUCAGCUGCAGCUGAACACAUUCGGGAAGUACACACAUCCGACGACGGUGAAGAACCGUUGCACAGAAUCUGGACGUGGUCGGGGGAUUAUCAGCGAGUUUGCACUUUGUCGAUACCAGUUCCGACUGAAGGCGCUCAAGCUGGAACUCCCCGGCGUGCGCAAAGCUUCUUGGUAGAUGGGGGUUACGCGUGCGUAAGAUUUUGUGGUCUGGUGAGUUUACGCGUGUUUGAUCAGCAAGAUAUGGAGUGGAGUGCUCAUAGUGUUCGAUGCAGUGUAUACUUAGUCUCCCCUAACCAGACCAUUGUAGAUGAAGGGAAGCAGUCGCUCCUGCGUGACUUCUUUUGCACACAUCCUUUUGUCUAGACGUAGCUCGCAGUAUAAAUAUAUUACCGCACG